AUGGCUACCGGGCAACAUCCCGAGCCAGCUCCAGGGGAAAUGGCAGCUAAUGCGGCACCUGAGAGCCCAGUGGUGGUGAUAGGGCAAGAGUUCGUGACACAGCACCCCGUAGACCUAGAAAUGAUGCAGAAAACAUUUAGUCUUGGAAUGAAUGAUUGUAAGGUUACUGAUGAAGAUGGAAAUCUCAUUUUCCAAGUCAAAAGCAAGAUCGCAACAGUUCGUGAUAUACGAUAUUUGCAAGACGCAUAUGGUAACAUUCUUGUUUCUCUUAAACAUAAGCUAAUGACUGCACAUGGAAGGUGGGAGGUUUUCAGAGGAGAAAGCAUAGAGCAGAAAGAUUUACUUUUCUCGGUCAAGCAGUCAUCACUGUUCCAAUUAGUUUCGAGCAAGUUACAUGUAUUCCUACCUACUAACACGACAGAAAGCGUUCCUGAUUUUAGGAUCGAAGGAGCUUUUAUCGAUAGUUCAUGCACUAUAUAUCUUGGAAAUUCCAACACCAUUGUUGCACAAAUGCAUCAGCAACACAAUCUUAAAUCCACGAUAAGGUGGAAAGACGAUUUUCAAGUAACGGUGUGCCCAAAUGUUGAUUAUGCUUUUAUAAUAGCUCUUGUGGUAAUUCUUGAUGCGACCGAGGAUAAUGAUGACAAAAUUUAA